AUGUAUGAAAAAAUCUUUGGCUCACAACAUCGUUUCGCUGUCUUGAAAUUAUAUAAAGCUAUACUUCGUUUACACCAAAGUCUUCCCAAUGAAUUAAGAGAAUUGGGUAAUCAAUACGUUCGCAAUGAGUUUCGUCGUCAUAAAACUGCACAACCUGAAUUCGUUACAAAUUUUAUGGUUGAAUGGAGUGAGUACGCACGAAUACUAACACGUCAAAUCUCAGCUAAAAAUAACGAAUCACUUGCUAAUAAUGCCGAUGGUCAAGAACAAUGUCCUUCACCUCCUAUUAAAGAACCCUACAUACUUUCAAUUGAUAUCGGUACCUCGUCCAUACGUGCUUACAUAUUUUCUAAAACUUUUGAAAUUAUUUCAUCGAGUCAAAAACAACAAACCCUUCUUAAUCCGGAACCACAUGGCUUUGAAUUUGAUCCCGAACAAUUUUGGUCUGUUUUACUCGAUGUUAUUACUGAAACAAUAAAGUGUGCUAGUCCUUUAACUAUUACCGAUAUCACUUGUUUAGGCAUAUCCACAUUAAGAAAUUCUGUUAUAUUAUGGGAUCGUAAGACAGGAGAAACAUAUUCAAAUAUUAUUCUAUGGAAUGAUUCACGAUCAAGUUCGCAUGCGGUAGCAACUAAUUCAUCGUUUACAUGGAAAACAAUACGCGGUUUUGCUAAAGUUAUUUAUCCUAUUGUUCAAACAGCACGUAUGUCAACAUUAUCAAAUCUUGAAUUUCGUACACAAAUGAUUGCUUUUAAAUUGUUAUGGUUAUUUGAAAGAAAACCUGAGCUUAUUCAACGCGCACGUAAUAGUGAAUUAUUAUUUGGUUGUAUUGAAACAUGGCUAAUAUGGAGAUUAACUGGUGGACAAGAACAUGUAACAGAUGUUUCAUGUGCAAGUUCAACUGGACUUUAUGAUCCAUUUUUAUCUCAAUGGUCAACUCUACUGUGUAGAAAUUUAGGUAUCGAUAUGAAAUUAUUGCCCGCCAUUAAACCUACAUUUGGAGAAUUUGGUAGAUGUGACCCAAGUUUAUUUGGUUGCGCCAUCCCUAUUACUGCUGUUAUUGGUGAUGUUCAAGCGAGUAUGUUUGGUCAAUGUGUAUCUCAACCUGGCGAAUGUUUACUUACAUUAGGUACCGGUGCUUUUAUUAAUAUUUUAACUGGUCCAGUUAGUGCGUGCACCGAUGGUAUCUAUCCACUUGUGGCUCAUUCAGAUCUUGCACAACCAUCAGAAAAUGUUCAUUUUAUGCAUGCUUUUCAUAGUGGUUGUGCUACAGUACUUAAUUGGGCUAAGCAAGCUAAAUUUUUUGGCGAUUUCUCUGAACUCAAUACAAUAUCAACAGACGCUCGACCAGCCAAUUUAUUUUUUCUACCUGCAUUUGGUGGUCACAAUAGUGAUCCAUACUGUGGUUCAGGUUUCAUAGGUAUUGACAGUGAAACCAAACGUGAAGAUUUACUUCGUGCUAUACUUGAAUCGAUUGCCUUUGCUAUUUAUGAUGUAUUUUCAUUUGUACGUGAUGAUUAUAAAAAGCAUCAGGGAGAAAAAAAAUUAAAAUGCCUAAGAGUAGCUGGCGGUGUUUCAACGUGUGAUUUUAUUUGUCAAAUCAUAGCAAAUUUAUCAAACAUGUCUGUUGAACGUUGUCAUGCGUUUGAUUUAGCAUCGGGUAUCGGUGCUGGAUUUUUAGCUGCUUAUGGUUAUGGUAUUAUUGAUGAUUAUGACUAUUUUCAACGAAUUAUAACCGUUAAUAAAAUAUUUAACCCUAUGCAAUGUGAAAUAACAGAAGCUAAUUUUAAACGAUGGAAAACAGUUCUACCUCGGUUUACGAAAUGGUAUUCCUCCGAUGAAAUCAAUCAUAGUUAA